UAAUCCCUUCUUCGUUUUGUAUUUGGGCAUAAAUCCGCUUGAUUGUAAAAACACCAGCUUGCUUCUUCUUCUUCCAAUCAGAGCUUUCCGUUAGGCUUCUUUCUGAUACUCUGGUUCUUGUGGCUUGCACUAUUUUGAGUUCGACACCAUUCAGCGAGUUCACUGGGAGAGUUUGUCUCUCUGUGAAAUGCCCAAAACCCAUUAAAACCCAAUACUUGAUUCUGAUAUCCUUCUACCCUUAAAAACCCAUGCCAAAAUGCUCAACUUACUACUCGAAGCUCCUCUGCAGCUCAAUCCAAGGUGGUCUCAAGAAGCUGAGCCUCUGUCCAAUCUCACCAUGUGAGUUGUUAACUUGUUCGCUUUACUCUCACUUUUCAGUUCUUGCAAUUCCAUCAAACCAAGCCCUUCAAACUGAACCCGUAAACAAUGAUGAAACUGAGCCCCCAAUUUCUAAUGAAAUCUUCAAGAAAGGUACCAAAUUGGGUUCUUACAAGUCGGGUGAUUCAACUUUCUAUUCACUCAUUGAGAAUUACGCAAAUUUGGGUGAUUUUCGGUCAUUGGAGCAGGUUUUGGAUCGAAUGAAACGUGAAAGGCGAGUUUUUAUUGAGCAGAGUUUUAUUCUAAUGUUUAGAGCUUAUGGAAAAGCGCAUUUACCCAAUAAAGCUGUAGAAUUGUUUUAUAGAAUGGUGGAUGAAUUUCAGUGUAGGCGAACAGUUAAGUCGUUUAAUUCGGUGCUUAAUGUUAUUAUACAGGAGGGUCAUUAUUCUCAUGCUUUAGAGUUUUAUUCCCAUGUUGUUGGUACUACGGGCAUGAACAUUUCACCCAAUGUACUCAGUUUUAAUUUGAUUAUUAAAUCCAUGUGUAAGCUCGGAUUGGUUGAUAGAGCAGUCCAAGUGUUUAGAGAAAUGCCACUUAGGAAUUGCACUCCUGAUGUGUUCACGUAUUCUACAUUGAUGGAUGGGUUAUGCAAGGAGAAAAGGAUUGAUGAGGCGGUCUUUUUGUUGGAUGAGAUGCAACUUGAGGGGUGCAUUCCGAGUCCUGUGACAUUUAAUGUGUUGAUUAAUGCAUUAUGCAAGAAGGGUGACUUGGGACGUGCAGCGAAGCUUGUUGAUAAUAUGCUUCUUAAAGGCUGUGUUCCAAAUGAAGUGACUUAUAACACCCUUAUCCACGGUUUGUGUCUCAAGGGUAAGUUGGAUAAGGCAGUUAGUCUUUUGGAUAGAAUGGUUUCGAAUAAAUGUGUGCCUAAUGAUGUGACAUAUGGUACAAUCAUCAAUGGACUUGUUAAGCAAGGGCGAGCGGUUGAUGGGGCUCGAGUGCUGAUGUCUAUGGAAGAAAGAGGGAAUCAUGCAAAUGAGUAUAUUUAUUCAGUCCUUGUUAGUGGACUGUUCAAGGAGGGAAAAUCUGAAGAUGCAAUGAGAUUGUGGAAGGAGAUGCUGGAAAAGGGAUGUAAACCCAACACCAUUGCCUAUAGCACUCUUAUAAAUGGUCUUUGCGGAGAAGGAAAACCAGAUGAAGCCAAGGAAGUAUUCAGUGAAAUGGUGAGUAAUGGUUGCAUGCCCAAUUCCUUCACUUAUAGUUCUUUAAUGAGAGGUUUCUUCCAGACAGGUCAGAGUCAAAAAGCCAUUCUUUUGUGGAAAGAAAUGGCAAACAAUAUGCGUAAUGAGGUCUGUUACAGCGUCCUAAUUCAUGGUUUAUGUGAGGAUGGUCAACUCAACGAGGCCUUGAUUGCCUGGCAGCAGAUGUUGGGCAGAGGAUACAAACCUGAUGUUGUGGCUUACAGUUCAAUGAUUCAUGGCCUUUGCAAUGCUGGUUUGGUUGAGCAGGGUUUGAAACUUUUUAAUGAAAUGCUUUGUCAGGAGCCUGAAUAUCAACCAGAUGUCAUCACUUAUAACAUACUUUUCAAUGUAUUCUGCAAGCAGAGUAGCAUCUCCCUUGCCAUUGAUCAUUUAAAUAGGAUGCUGGAUUGGGGUUGUGAUCCCGACUCAGUUACAUGUGACAUCUUCCUGAGAAGUUUGAGAGAAAAGCUUGACCCGCCUCAAGAUGGGAGGGAGUUCCUAAAUGAGCUUGUUGUCCGGCUAUUUAAGCAGCAGAGGAUAGUAGGUGCUUCCAUAAUUGUAGAAGUGAUGCUGCAAAAGUUUUUGCCACCCAAAGCCUCUACUUGGACAAGGGUUGUACAAGAGCUUUGCAAGCCUAAGAAGGUCAGAGCAGCCAUUGACAAAUGCUGGAGCAGCCUAUAUUUCUAAUUUUUAAUUGGCAUAGUUUCCGUCUGUUGUACUGGAGAAGGAAACUAACAAAAAAUAUGGAGGCUAUUUUUUGGUUGGAGGAUUAAUGAUAUAUGUGAUCCAGCUUUUCUUAGGUACUUAGCAUUACCGCCAUCGACAUUAUCUACUUUACAUUUCUACCAAAUUGUUCUCGUAUGACACUUUUCUGAAAAAGUAGAUUUUCUUCAAGGUCUCUUACAGAUAGCACUCUUGCAAAUAGAGAUGUGCGGACAUCUGUUUCAUGAAAAUGUGUAAACCUUCAACAGACUCCCUCACAUUCAUUCGCAGCAUUUGUCAAAUCU